AUGAAUGGUCAUGGUGCAGAGCCGCCUAAUAAGUACGAAUCCAAUGGUGUCGAGUUUCAAAAUGAAUCGAUUUUGUGCGGAAUGGAAAUAAAGCAGGAGCCGACUUUCAAACAAGAGCCAGAAAAUGACGACAGUAUUGUUGCGGUAUCGCGAUCAUCACACACUGUCAACAGUGUGCUACUCGGUAAUGCGAUUGGUGAGGAGCAAGUAAAUCGCACCGAUGAUUGCUUUGAUUUCGAAGAUUUGAAUGAAGUAAAAUCGGAUAUAAAGGUUGAAAAAGUUAAGAAAGAGGCCAAUCAAGUUGCUUCUAAGAGCUCUGAAAAGGAUCAAAUUCAACAACAAAAUCCGAUGAAACGUCUAUCGAAUGGUGGUGCUGAAAAAGUUGGCAAGAAUAACAAACGAAACGGUGCUCGUGACGAGAAGAAGCCACCUGAAGGCAAGGCAACUGGAAAACGGCACAAGUGUUCAUUGUGCGAGUAUGUCACUGAUUGUGUCAGUCGUUUAAAUCGGCACAUGCUUAAGCACACUGGCGAACGACCAUUUCCAUGCACAAUUUGUUUAAAACGAUUCACACAAAAACCACAUUUGCAAUCACAUAUGAAAGCACACGUCGAUGAAUUUCUGUUCAGUUGUUCAACUUGUUUGCAAGGAUUUCAUCGAAGCGAGGAGAAGGUGGAACAUGAAUCUGGUUGUAAGGUGCGCCGCUACGAGUGUCAUCUGUGCAAGAAAUACUCUACUUUGCAAAAAACGAAUUUCGAAGCACAUCUGCGCGUGCAUACCGGUGAGAGGCCUUUCGAAUGCGACCAUUGCUCGAAGAAAUUUAAAAAGGCAUUUAAUUUGAAAGUCCACCUCAAAUCUCACACCAAUCCUCGUCCGUUGAAAUACAAGUGUUCAACUUGCUUCAAGAUCUUUGCGCAACAAAUGGAAAAAGAAAAUCACGAAGUCAAUUGCAAACGACGCGGAUACGAAUGUGAUCUAUGCAAGACAUACACAACUGAUCAUAAGGAACAUUUGAUGACACACAUACGAAUCCACACUGGCGAAAAGCCAUUCCGAUGUGAAACAUGCUUGAAGUGCUUCUUGCAAAAGGCAAAUCUCAACAUGCACAGGAAAAUGCACAAGUAGCUCUCUGCUGCAAUUAAAAUUUAACACAUCGAAUGAAAAAACUCGUGUUUAAACGAAUUGCUUUGAAUAAAAAUAAACACAAGGAUG